GGUCAGCUCAAACAGCUUCAGCCUCAGGCCCUCAGGGAUGUCCAAGAAGGCAAUUUAGGCUUAGCCUUUCGAGAGUGGGCGCGACGAUGAGCACAAUGAGCGCCUCCCUGGGUGUUGGGCCUGGUGGCUCCACUUCGGAGAUGAAGACCGCACUGGAAGAGCUGCGGUUGGCACGCCAGAAGCUGCGGCCCCGUCCUUCCCCUGUGGAGCUGGCAGAGGCACAGGCAGCGCUGGUGGAGGGUGACAAGCAGCUCAUCAGCGACCUGGAGCAGCUCAUGCUGGCCCCGCGGCCCCCCGAGCUAGAAGCCGCCCAAUUCGCGUCUCUGCAGGCUCUGCGUGAAAGUCGGCUGCGCAAGGCCGCUGAGUUGGCGCAGCGGGCCCCGUUGGCUGUGUUGGAGCUGGACGAGCAGCACCGCCACUAUGACCACCUCAUCAUGUCGGCCGAGCGGGCGCUCUUUGCCAACCCCCAGGCGACCAAGCCCCCAGCCCCCCUCAAUCCCGAGGGUGUUGCCGCCGAGCCUGUGGCAGAGCCGGAAUGGCAGGAUAAGCAGCAGGUGGGGGCGAACCCCUUGCCCACUUUGCAGAUGCCGCAGCGGGGGGAGGACACACCAGGGCCUGCUCUCACUGGCGUGCCAAUGCUGUCCCACCACAAGACCACCAGUGGUGACCAGUCCGGGAAGGCAACGUUGGUGCCUGCUGCGGAGCCGGCGGUGAUACCUAAUGGGCAGCAGGGAGAAGGGGGCCCAAGGGUGGGCGAGAACAGGGCGGCAGCCUCUGCCGGGGCUGCGCCGGUGCGGGAGGUCCCUGAGGAGAAAUUGCCACGCCUGCUGGCCCAGGCGGCCACCUCGUCCAGCACAUGCCUCGACCUGAGCGCUGAGUUUGCGCACGAGCUCGACUUCUUCCCCGACACACUGCCCGCGCUGCCGGCCCUCAUGGAGCUCAGCCUGGCAGAGAACCGGCUGCCGGAGCUGCCCGCCGGCAUCGGCGCAUUGCCGGGCCUGGUGCGCCUCGAGGCGCAGUUCAACCGGCUGGCGGAGCUGCCCUCCACGCUGGGCGGCCUGACUGCGCUGACGCACCUGGACCUGCGCAGCAACUGCCUGGAGGAGCUGCCCCCCGCGCUGGGCCGCUGCGCGCGCCUGCGCUACCUCAACGUGGCCAGCAACAAGCUGCCCGCGCUGCCGGAGGCCAUCGGGGCGCUGGCCGGGCUGGAGACGCUGGUGGCCAGCCUGAACCACCUGCGCGGCCUGCCCGCCGCCAUCGGGGGCUGCACCGCGCUCACGUGCCUGGACGUGCACUACAACGAGAUCCGGGACGUCCCUGAGGCGCUUGGGGAGUGCCGCCGCCUGCGACAGCUGGACCUGGGCAGCAACUUCGCGGAGCUGCGCGCGCUGCCUGCCUCGCUGGGCCAGCUGAGCUGCCUGCAGACACUCACCCUGUCGCAGAACUCGCUGCGAGCUCUUCCCAUCAGCCUGGGCCGCCUCGCGCAGCUGAAGGUGCUCGCACUGGAGGGCAACCCGCUGCGCUACCCGCCCAAGGCCGUGGUGGCCGCCGGGACGGACGCCGUGCUCGCGUUCCUGGCGCAGCAGGCCGCCGCAGCAGAGGCGGAUGCCGCGGCCGCAGCGCAGCGGGGCCCUCUGCGGAAAGUGUGGGCCAAGCUGCGGCGCAAGCCGAAGGACCUCGCGCGGCAGGACAGCCUCGACGACCUGAAGCGGCUAGCGUAGCGUCGGGGGGUGCGAAAUGGGCAGGGGGAGGAGACGGCUGCAAAGUGGCGACCAGAGACGAGCAGCACGCGCAUUACACACUGGUCGAAUUCCAGCACAGUACAACUGGGAGCAUUUGAGUGAGUGAUUAAUGUGAGCGGAAUCCUUCAAAUAGACUCAGGAAGGCCUGGCAUGUGCAUCCGCACGGACCGGCAGAAUACUUAGGAAAGCAUCAGGUUUUACAGUUCCAGGUGGCAGAAGCGUACAAGGGGAUGCGUUGAGCUGUUUGCAGGCUGUACGAAAAGUACAUAACGGAUUUUGUCAGGCUAGCUUCGACCCAAGAGUCCUCGGAUUAGUCUGAGGCAAGCUGGAUUGCCUUCUGUAGAGUAAGCUAUGUAUUGUAUCUGAUGUAAAGUAUGUAGGCGUCCGACCUUUUAGUGUCGUUCUGAACGUCGCCCAGCGAGCUUGGAGCUUGAAUACUCUGACCAGCUUUUAUCAAGAGGGU